AUCUCAAAUCCGAAAUUUCACUUUUUGGUCCAUCUUCCUGCAUAUAUCCGAUGCUUUGGACCAGCCAUUCUCUUUUCCACUGAACAAUACAAGUCGUUCAAUCACAUGUUCCGGCUGGCAUGUAUACAUAGCAAUCGACAAGGUCCAAACCAGGAUACAUGCAGAGUAUUUGCAAGGCAAGAUAUCAUCAAACAUAUUGUGACCAGUGGUUACUGGUUUGAUAGUGUUAGGAAA